AUGAACAUCCAACCAAACUACCAGAUCCUAGCGUGCGGCUCAAAUGGCAGCUUCCAGCUAGGCCUCGGAGAUGAUGAAGACCGCAAUCAGCUAAAUCACGUUGAAGCCGAUUUUCCCCGUGCCAAACCGGUCCAAUUCGCCUGUGGAGGAAACCACACACUAAUACGUUUUGAUGACGGACUGGUCAUGGCUGCUGGCGGCAAUGAAUACAGCCAAUGUGGCUUCAAGGGAGAAGACUUUGUGAAGCAGUUCAAAAAAGUGCCAGGAUCUUGGCGGUUUGUUGCUGCCGGAUGGGAAUACUCGGUGUUUGUGGACUUUGAAGAUAGGGUGUAUACGUGUGGACACGGGCCUAAGGGCGAGCUAGGGCUUGGAGAUAAGGUUGUUCUCGCCGACGAGUUGUUUGAGGUUAAGUUUGAGAAGAAGGCGAAGAUUGUGGAUGUUCAGUCCUCAAUUAACCAUGUGGUGGUGGUGACUGAGGAAGGGACAUAUGGCUGGGGAGCCUGUCGAAAGGGCCAAUUGGGACAUGUGACGAAAUUGAAUGAUAGAGGGAAGCCCGUGGCGGGGUAUUGGGAGCCGGAGAGGGUGGACCUACAAGGAAUCGCUGCUUUGGGUCAUGAUCGAACAGUUCUACAUGGCUCUCAUGGCAUCGAGAUUUUGGGCAAGAAUCCAGAGGUGAUUGAAGCAGAAGCAAGUUCUGUAAAGGCAAUGUGGUCUUCUGUGCACUGGACGGCUCCAAAAAAUAACGGCAUUGAGAUAUUCUCUCAAGGCAACAAUCUGCAUGGUCAGUUGUACAAGUUCAACGAGGAAGCCAAGAUCGUUGAUUACACCGUUGGAUCUGAGCACGGACUUGUUCUACUAGAAGAUGGCGGGGUUUGUGCCUGGGGAUGGGGCGAACACGGUAACUGUGGGCCACCUAAGAAAGGUAAAGAGGAAGAGGUGACCUUUGACUAUCUCAAUGAAGUGUAUGAUGGCAAAGGCAAGGUUGUGUUUUUGGCCGCAGGAUGUGCAACGACGUGGGUAGUUGUUGAAAAGGCAGGGGGAAGCUAG